ACGGCCCCACCACCGCCCGGCGGUUUCCCGUCUCCCUACAUCUUCGCAUGCGAGGCGCCAUUUUCCUAUCGGCUCUCAUACACCAGUCGCCUAUCAGAGCGGAUCCAUCUAUCGAACCGGCCCUCGGCAAUAAUCAGAAUCGGAUUGCAGUUUGUGUCGCCUCGGCUGGCAGAAGCGUACGGACCGUCUCAGCCGACCAACAGAAGAAACUCGGUUUAUCGACGAAGCUUUCCGCCCUGAGAAAAUAAAAUCAGCGGAAAAACGUCACUUUUUCAUCCUCCAUCCGAAAUUCGCGUUCGCCUUCAGCCUCGAACCUCGGGGAACGUAGCACCUCAGCCGAGAUGAGCACCCCGGUGAAAAAAGUACCCAUCCACCUCCAGAGUUCACAAAAUCGAUUGCUUUUAAAGCAUGGGAAGGUGGUUAAUGCUGAUGGCAUCCAGGAUGCCGAUGUGUUCAUUGAAGAUGGAUUAAUUAAGGAAAUAGGAAAAAACCUAAUUAUACCUGGUGGUACUAGAGUGCUCGAUGUCCGUGGCAUGUAUAUUAUGCCAGGUGGCAUUGAUCCUCAUACUCACUUACAAUAUGAAUUUAUGAAUACUGUGACGGCUGAUGACUUUUAUCAAGGGACGAAAGCAGCAAUUGCUGGUGGCACCACUAUGAUUUUUGACUUCGCUCUACCUUCCAAAGGUGAGUCUUUACUUGAUGCUUAUGAAAAAGUGCGAAACAAUGCUGAUGGCAAGGCUUGCUGCGACUACUCAUUGCAUGUUGGUGUAACAUGGUGGUCUGACAAGGUAAUGGAAGAAAUGGAAGCACUGUGCAACAACAAUGGAGUCAAUUCUUUUAAAAUGUUCAUGACGUACAAAGACUUAUUUAUGCUAAAUGACAGUGAGCUAUAUAACGCUUUUGCAAAAUGCAAAGAACUUGGAGCAGUGCCUAUGGUUCAUGCAGAAAAUGGUCACAUUAUCGCAGAAAACAUUAAGUUACUGCUAGAAAAAGGGGUGACUGGACCCGAGGGUCAUGAUAUGGCUUGCCCUGAGAUUGUUGAAGCUGAAGCUGUUAAUAGAGCGUGUGUUAUAGCAAAUCAGGUUCAGUGUCCAGUUUAUUUAGAUGGUUUAACAAGUAAGACAGCUGCUGAUAUUGCAGCUAAUUUUAAAGAGGACCCUAAAGUUGUUGGUGCUGUAAUGGCAUCAUCAUUGGGAAUCGAUGUACUUACACCAUCAGUCAAUACUGUCACAAGUCCUCCUAUCAGAUCACAUUCCUCCUUACAUUUAAUUCAACUUCUUGCUGAUGGCUUUCUUCAUGUGACUGGAAGUGAUCACAGAGCUUACACUACUGCACAAAAGAACGCUGGUAAGGGUGAUUUCUCAAAAAUACCACCUGGUGUCAAUGGCGUGGAGGAUAGAAUGAGUAUUAUCUGGGAAAAGGGAGUCGAAUCUGGUGCCAUGGAUCCGACUCAGUUUGUAGCGAUCACUAGUGCGAAUGCAGCCAAAAUUUUCAAUCUAUAUCCAAGAAAGGGUUGCAUUGCUGUGGGUUCUGAUGCAGACAUUGUGGUGUGGAAUCAUUCAAAAACUCGAACCAUUUCUGCAGAAAGACAUCAUCAUUCGUCUAACUACAAUGUGUUUGAAGGAUUGACAGUUCAUGGAGUUCCCGAAUAUGUAAUUGUUAACGGACGUGUAUGUCUAGAGGAAGGAGAAGUCAAGCCAGUGCAAGGAUUUGGACGUUUCGUUCCAACACCUACAUUCCCAACUUUCCUUUAUAACCAAGUGGAAGAAUCACAAGCUGUAAAUGGUGAUGGACAGGUGAAUAAUUCACAACAUAGUGCACACAGUGUCGAAGAUAAUCACAGCGUCAAAUCUGAUGAACAUGUAGAAGCGGCAGGUUUUAUGUGGGACAGUUCUGUUAACAAACAAACUGGUAAGGGCAUGAGACAAGAAGGACAGCGCAAUUUGCAAGAUUCUACAUUUUCUAUAAGCUGUGAAAUGGAUGAUACAGAGAGACGAUCAUGCAUUCGAGUUUUCAAUCCUCCUGGCGGACCAUCUUCUGGGUUUUGGUAAACAGUAAAUUUUCAAGCACCAGUUAAUUUAAAUUGCUUUGUAGACAUUAACCAAAAAAAUAUACUAUUCAUAUCUUUAAAAGUGGUGCUUCCCCCUCAAAAUGUUGUCCCUCUUUACAAAUUUCACAUAAAAUCAUAAAAGAAAUGUCUGUCUGAAAACUGUCUCAACAUACUAACUUCUUAAGACAUUACCUGUUCUAAUUAAUACAACAUGUGCAAUGUCUGUUUAUUAAGAUUUUGUACUUUUAUGACAAUAGUUAGGCCCAUUACAAAAUAUUUCAAUGAUGCUUAUUUCACAAAAUAAGCUUUUGUAACAAAAAUUUAUAAUUCAUAAUUGCAGAAUAAUAAGUUGCUUAGAAUUUGGAAUGUUUUCUAAAUUUUUAAUAUUUUGUUAAUUGGAAAGAAACAGCUUACGUCUUGUAUAAAUAUUUAAUUGUUAUUUGACAUGUGGAUUUACUUAUCCCUUGAAUUAUUAUUAAUAACAGUUAGAUUUUGUAGAUAUGUGUUGUGUUGUAUUGUUCAUAAUUUAAGAAGUUAUAAUACAAUUAUUUUUUAUUAGAUUUAUUUAUAUGCACAAAUAAUGUGAUCAGUAGUUUAUUAUUUCAUUGACAGUAGGAUCUUCUAACCGGGUUAAAAUACAAAUUGACCACCCUGGUUAAUGGAAGGUUUACUGUUGCUUUCUAACAAAAAGAGCAAUUAUUUUUUACUUAAAUUUGACCAUUUUUGGGGAAAAAUAAAGUCUUUAAGUCAAUUACAUAAUUUAUUUAUAGUUUGAAUAAUAUACAUUAAGUAAUACACUUUAUUUCACUUGUCUGCUCUGUCAUGUGUUAUUUAGAGUGGUUGAUCAGCAUAAAAAUAAAGCUUCAAUUAACAGUUUAUAGCUCUUGUACUAAACUACUAUAAAACAUCCGAAAUUAAUGAAAAUUUGUAUAAUUAUAUAAAAAUACUAGCUAGGACAAAAUACAAUAAUUGAAAUGUCAUGAAAGAGCAGUAAGAUUGUACUCACAAAUACUUAGAGUAAGUUAUAGAUUUAGUUAGUGGAAGACAAAAACAGGCUAGUCUCAAGUUUAAUUUAUGGGCAUUUUAAAAACCAGGGUGAAAUAUAAUCAACAAAAGUUAAAUGCUUAAUUUGUAAAAAUAUCAACAACUUUUUUUAUAUUAUUAUUGUGCUAAUGGCUUAAUGUAUUUGCCUUGUUAUUGAUUUGGUUGUGAUAUUUAAGACUUGAUUACAACAUGCGCAAGGUAAGUUCAACCUACAUAUAAUUCCGAUGAUGUACCAGACUUGAGUAAAAUUUGUUUAUUCACGUG